CGGUUGGAGCAGCUUUGGAGCCAAGGGUCCCGGUUCCGGAGCUUCCCCGGGUCUCGGCGGCUGCAGGAGCCGAACCAGGUGGCCAUUGCCAUGGAGAUCGUGUAUGUGUACCUGAAGAAGAGGAGCGAAUUUGGGAAACAAUGCAACUUCUCGGACCGUCAGGCCGAACUCAACAUCGACAUCCCGCCCAACCCGGAGCUGGCCGAGCAGUUUGUGGAGCGAAACCCGGUGGACUCAGGCAUUCAGUGCUCCACCAGUAUGUCCGAACAUGAGGUGCCAACACAGAGAGGGUUUGAGAUGGAGACCCGAGGUAUCAAUCAUGUCGAGGGGGGCUGGCCCAUGGAUGUGAACCCUCUGGAGCUGGAGCAGACCAUUCGCUUCCGCAAGAAGGUGGAGAAGGAUGAGAACUACAUCAACACCAUCAUGCAACUGGGAUCGAUCAUGGAGCACUGCAUCAAGCAGAACAACGCCAUUGACAUAUACCAGGAGUACUUUGACGACGAGGACUCGGCCGAGGUGAUGGAGGAGGCCCCGUCAGCCAAGACCAUCAACGUCUUCAGGGAUCCCCAGGAAAUCAAGCGAUCGGCCACACACUUGUCCUGGCACCCAGAUGGUAGCCGGAAGCUGGCAGUGGCUUAUUCUUGCCUGGAUUUCCAGCGGGCACCUCAGGGCAUGAGUAGCGAGUCCUACAUCUGGGACCUGGACAACCCCAACAAGCCUGAGAUGACCUUGAAGCCACCCUCUCCUCUGGUCACCUUGGAGUACAACCCCAAAGAUUCCCACGUGCUCCUGGGAGGCUGCUACAAUGGGCAAAUUGCUUGCUGGGACACUCGAAAGGGUAGCCUGGUGGCUGAGCUGUCUACCAUUGAAUUCAGCCACCGAGACCCCGUGUAUGGCUCCAUCUGGCUGCAGUCCAAGACAGGCACCGAAUGCUUCUCUGCAUCCACAGAUGGGCAGGUCAUGUGGUGGGACAUCCGAAAGCUGAGCGAGCCCACCGAAGUGGUGAUCAUGGACAUCACGCGCAAGGAGAUACUGGAAAACGCCCUGGGUGCUGUCUCGCUGGAGUUUGAGUCGGCUUUGCCCACCAAGUUCAUGGUGGGCACAGAGCAAGGUAUCGUCAUCUCCUGCAACCGCAAGGCCAAGACGCCGGGAGAGAAGAUCGUGUGCACCUUUUCGGGCCACCACGGCCCCAUCUAUGCCCUCCAGCGGAACCCCUUCUACCCCAAAAACUUCCUAACAGUUGGUGACUGGACAGCCCGCAUCUGGUCGGAGGACAGCCGGGAGUCAUCAAUCAUGUGGACCAAGUACCACAUGGCCUACCUCACUGAUGGCGCCUGGAGCCCUGUGAGGCCUGCCGUGUUCUUCACCACCAAAAUGGACGGGACCCUGGAUGUCUGGGACUUCGUGUUCAAACACUGUGACCCUGCACUCAGCCUGAAGGUGAGUGACGAGCCCCUCUACUGCCUCCGGGUGCAAGACAACGGGGCCUUCCUGGCCUGUGGCUCCCAGCUGGGCACCGCCACGCUGCUGGAGGUUUCUCCCGGGCUGUCCACCCUGCAGCGGAACGAGCGCAACAUGACCUCCUCCAUCUUUGAGCGGGAGACGCGGCGGGAGAAGAUCCUGGAGGCGAAGCACCGGGAGAUGAGGCUCAAGGAGAAGGGCCGGGCGGCCGAGGGCAAGGACGAGGAGGCGCGGGAGGACGAGCUGGGCAGCCUGGAUGAGUUGAUGCAGAGGGCGGAGGAGGAGUUCUUCGACACCAUCUUCUCGGAGCUGCGCAAGAAGGAGGCCGAGGCCCUUAAGAAACAACAGCCAACGUCCCAAGCACAUGUGGAGGAAGAAGAGCAGGAGGGCGGGAGCGAGCCGGAGGGCAUGCCCCACUUGUCUGGGACCCAUGAAGGAGAGGAAGAGUCUGCGGCCCAUACCUAGCAGGGCAGUCUUGGGCUGCUCCCCACUCGCACACGAAC